GCUUAUUUUGACAACGUAGUGACCUACGACCUGUGCUCAAUUAGGAGAUAAUGCGCCAAAGUUGAACAUAAUCAGUUAGCUGUUUGUAGUGAGAAAAUGUUCCGAAUGCCGCUGUUUUUAGUUACCCUCUUGGGGGUACUUUUCACUGUGAACUCUACUUGCGUUAACGUCUUGGACACAUCUGAGCAAGCUUGCGCAAAUGAAUUCGGCCUAGACGCGAACUCGGUGCUUGAGCACUACGUAAAUCACGUGGAGGAUGCGAACUUUGCAAAAUACCUAGACUGCGUAUGGAAAGGGUGGGAGUGGAUGAACGAAAAUGGAGACAUACUUUUUGACAAUGUCAAAAAGUCGAAUCACUUGCCGUGGAGAAUUUCCAGAAAGUGCGAUGACAUGCCGCACCUGACGAAAGCCAUGCGGCAACGGUUCCUCAACUCGGUCAACUACUGCGAGGGUAGCAAACUGGAACCGCUGAAUGCGUUUAGUUUACGAAAAUGCAUUGCCCAAAAUUACGAUUCGGCACAACUGGAUUUCUAAGGAAAUUUCGUUCUAAUCUUAUACUAUUGAUUAAGUGAGUGACCCCCGCCCUUUUUACGAAAAUAAAGUUUAAAAGAAUUGGCAAAUGAUCA